GCGUGAUGCUCUGAGUUUCUCACUCUGUCUACUUCUAAACAAUUUCAAAGUAGACCAAAGACAAUAUUUUCAAACUUACAAACUCUUCAAAUUAUUCCAAACUUUCAAACCUGCCUCAACCAAAAACAAAGAACCCAAAAGCUUUGAGAGAGAGAAUCAAAACUCAGGCAUGAAGAAGCUCUACAGCAAAAGUAGAAUACACCCAUCAUCACAGCCGGCCAUCGCCGAUCAUCUCUCUCUCCUUCCGGCAACGAUUCUGACUCUCACGGUGGCUCUAUCGCCUGAAGACAAACAAGUCUUGGCCUACCUCAUCUCAUGCUGUAGCAACAACUCCAAAAACUUUUCCGGCCACCGCAAGACUACCCAAAAGAGCGGCCGUGGCGGUGGCGGUGGCGGAGGUGGUGGUGGAGGAAGUGGCGGAGACCACCCUCCUCAAUUUGACUGCAACUGUUUUAGGUGUUAUAUGAGUUAUUGGGUACGUUGGGACAAUUCACCUGAUCGUCAACUGAUACAUGAAAUCAUAGACGCUUACGAAGAGGGGUUGUAUCAGAAUCAGAAGAAGACUGUGAAGAACAAGAAACAGAGAAGAAAGAGAGUGUGUAACUUAUCGGAUGAUCAUGAAACCCUUGACUCAUCCAGUGAGUCAAACUCAGUAGAAAUGAAUUGCAGUGGUGAUGUUCAUGUUGAUCAUCAGGUUUGUGGUGAAGAUGGUGGGGAAGUGGGUUUGGAGAGAGGGUCAGUGAAGAAGCUUGUGAGUUUCAUUGGAGAGAAGAUCUGGAGGGUCUGGGGUAUAUGAAAAUAUAGUGAUCUAUGAAUAGAAAGUGCUGAGUUUUUUUUUUUCCUUUUUCUGUUUCACCACAAAGAAGGAAUUGUUCUUUGUUCCACCAAUCCUCCCCCAUUUUUCUUCAUUAAGAUGGGUUUAGAGUUAUUAUUAGUAUGGCUUUUAAUUUUUAUCCAGGUAUUAAACUAAGAUCUAUGUGUUGAUCAGACAAAUACCAUGGAGUACUGUAUAUUCAGAUUCUGAUUAAUUACCAAAACCUUAACCAUCAGAGGUUUUUCUUUU